UAUCUCUCUCAGCAUCGCUAUACUCAGGAUUUGAUCUCACGCUCAGGUCUUACUGAUACACACACUGCCGCUACACCCAUGGAGCUCCAUCUCCAAUUGCGCCCUAGUGAUGGUACUCCUCUUGAGGGAUACCACUCGCUAUCGUCAUCUUGUAGGCAGCCUUGUGUACCUCACUGUGACCCGGCCUGACAUUGCUCAUGCAGUCCACAUUGUCAGUCAGUUUGUCAGUGGUUACUUGAGGGAGAUGCAAAUACUUCAUUCUUCCAUAGUGCUGCCAAUGGAAGACACAUAAAAUGUAAUAUUGCUUCUUUGGAACAUGAAGGAAAUGUUAUACAAGAUGAGAAAGAGUUGCAAGAACACAUUUCUAGUUACUAUAAGAGACUAUUUGGUUCAGAGGACAGGGGGGACAUAUCUCUUGGUGGAAGCCCCUUGGUCAACAGAGCACAUGCUAUCAGAACUAGACAAUGAAGAGUUGACUAAGCCUUUCACUAUGGAGGAAAUAGAGUUAGUAGUUAAAGAGAUGAAAACCAAUACAGCUCCUGGCCCAGAUGGCUUACCAGUAAUCUUUUAGAAACAUUUUUGGGAGAUGGUUAAAGAGAUGGUCAAAAGAAUGCUUGAUAGCCCGCAUGCUGAGGAGUUGCAACUUAGAAGACUUAAUUAUGGGGUGGUUACUCUGAUUCCUAAAACGAAAGAUGCUGCAACUAUCAAGCAAUAUCGGCCAAUAUGUUUAUAUUAUGUUUGUUAGAAAAUUGUGACUAAAGUACUGACAAAUAGGCUUGAGAGAGUUGCAGAUAAGGUGGUGAGUAAGAGUCAGACGGCAUUUAUGAAAAACGGAAAUAUUUUAGAUGGGGUGGUCACUAUCCAUGAGGUGUUUCAUGAGCUUAGGAGGACUAAACAAGAGGGGGUCAUACUAAAGCUAGACUUUGAAAAAGCAUAUGACAGGGUGAAUUGGGAUUUUCUACAAGAGGUUUUGCUUAAAAAGGGUUUUCUUUAGUGAGAAGUGGAGAGGUUGGAUUAAACAAGUGGUAGAAGGAGGUGCAGUGAGUAUCAAUAUUAAUGGAGAGGUUGGCCCAUAUUUUAAGAGCUACAAAGGAUUUUUUCAGGGUGAUCUCACCUCUUCUUUUGAAUUUGGUGGUGGUCACAGAAAAGGGGGUCACUCAAGUGUACGGCAUUCUUUGUCCGUCCAGAUCGCGGUACAUGUUCGGACUGCUCUGGAUUGUAGAGGAACGAAUUUCAGGCUACUUUAGAUGGGGUGGGCUGCACCCAUUCUCGGUACGUACAAGGUGGGCACCCAUUCUCGGUUAAGAUGGGAAAUCCUAUAGGGGUAGAAAUGCUACAUGAAAAAAAUCCGCUCUUGCUGUAUUAGGAAUUGAAAGUAAGUCAACUCCUUCCUCUUAGAGCAACUUGUCGCAGCUGUGACUACUCUUUCUAUUUGAAUUGAAUGUCAGCGAAUCACUUGUUUCACUAAUGUGACUAGUCUUGACUGCAGGUUUUUUCUUUCUAUAGAGAAGUGACUGCGCUAGAGAUGCUUAUUAAAGGUUUGCUUGGUGGCUUCCUUGCUUGACAGGCUUUCCUUGUUGAUUGGCUUGGUCUGCUAGUUCCCGGAAAUCACUUCCUCUAAGUCUUAAAUAGCAGAACCUACUCUUUCUUCAAAGAAUGUAGCAUACCUAAGAAAUGAUUUCUCUAACGAGUCAAAUCCGUUGUGAAAUAAGGAAAUGCGCGGAUCGCUUCUUCUACCCUUCUCUUAUUCGCAUUUCCUGCUUACUAUUGAAAGAAAAGCUGUUACUGCUGCAUAUCCCCUUUUUCCUCUAAUUCGAGCGAGUAAAGGCGCAGCUUCCUCAUCUUUGCUUUAUAGUUUGAUAUAAUAUAGAAUUGGAUUUUGCUUUCCUUUAAGGAGCUCUAGCUAUCUUGCUGAUCCACCAGUUCAUACUAUUAAUGAAAGCUCUUUCACCCUGCCCGCGGGUAAUCCCUUACUGAGCCUACUCAAGCAAUCUCCCAUUAGCCGCUCUUUACUUUAUAGUCAAGCGAUUGUAAACUCCUUAUUUAGGCUAGCUACUUUGCUGAUUAACAAGAUUAUCGCAUUGGAGCUGUGACAGUUAUGUAAACUACUUCUCUAGCAAGUAAUGAAUCUGAGGUCAAAGCCAAUGAGUACGCCGGAUGUUGCAUUUUCGCAGUGAGGGAAGGUUGGCUUGACAGGCUUCGUUCUGGAUGUUGUAAUCUCUUCUCAUGGUCUUUGUUCGCUUUAUUAUCCCGUUGUGAGAAUGGCUAGGACUGUGGAUCCACACGCCCCCCCUCUAGUCAGUACUUUCCGAGUAGCGCAAGGCUUCUUCGUUGGCAAAUAAACGAAUUAAUGAACUAAUUUCCUAAUAUGACGUGAACUUGAACUAGCAUUGAUCAAGUCCAUGAGCUCAUAAGAAGGAGUUCUUCACGUGAGAAAGUCCACGGCUUAGCUUAAUUCAAUAAAAAAGAAAGUAUCCAAUCGACUUUAGGAGCGCCAUAUGUUUCUAUCUGAAACGGUAAAGCGAGGCUCGCUAUAAGGGUCAUAGCUAGUUCAGGAUUGGUAGGAAAGUAAUACAAAUGAUUGUAAUAUGACAACCCCCAGGGGAGCUAGCCUUUGUGUUAAGAUUAAAAAGAAGAGCCCUCUUUUCAUACGACUCGGUGAUUCCAUUGCUCUAUCCGGCCGCAAGAUUCGAUCGCGUACAGCACGAGCACGAGAUGGGUUGGGGACUUAGAAAUGAGCUAUGCUCCAAGAAUUGACCCCUGAACUACCUUUGCCCGCCUUUUCUUGUAGAAUCCAUUCCCCCUCUUUUAUAUAUUUAGAAUGCUUUUAGGGCUAGUGGAAUGAGGCUGGAACCCAUCAAUAUCGCUAAACCGGGAGAGUUGCUUGUGUUGGGUUCAAAGUUUCGCUCUACCAAGGCAAGAUAUAAUAGAAUAUAAUCUAAUCUAAUAUGCAUCCAGCUUUAGCUGAAUAUCGUGAGUGUUCAGCGAAGUAUGCUAGCCAUUGGCCUUACGUUCAGGAUACUCCUUUCUGUCUUUGCGAUGUUUGGUUAUAAGAGAAUGUUGCUCUUCAGAAAACGCGUAUAGCGGCCUUCGUCGAUGGGACAAACGCUCCAGUGUAUGCGUUACGAGGCAACUAGCAUUUUGUCAUGGAAGUUCGUGAAACAAUGUCAUGUCGCGACUCGACAUGUUAGAAGGAGCUAAAUCAAUAGGUGCCGGUGCUGCUACAAUCGCUUUAGCCGGAGCUUAGCAGAAAGGUGUGAUUCGUGAUCUCGAUCAUUUAAAUGAUCCUAUCCUUAAGAUUGGUUUUGGAAGAUAUGUCAAACAUUCGAGAAUGGCGCUGUUGAUCUAGUUAGGUUUCUAAUUGUUGAGUGUGAAGUUCCGUUCUAAAAAUAUUCGUUUCGUUGGAAAAACCAACGCCGACGUCAAGAUCAGUCUCCUUUCCUUUCUCUUUUCGGGAGCAGAGCUGAAAAAGAUGGACAGUAACGAUCGCGUAAUAUCAAUUUAUCGGCCUCGUCAUCGAAAGCGGCUUCCAAUUGCUCGGAAAUUCUCAGCUAUAUGGGGGACUUUGAUGGUGAGCAAAAAGAAUUGAUCAAGAAAUUGGUAAACUUUCGCAUGAUCGAUGGUAAAAGAACGAGAGUUCGUGCUAUUGUUUAUAAAACUUUUCACCGCCUAGCUCGAACUGAACGCGAUGUAAUAAAACUUAUGGUUGACGCCGUAGAUAAUAUAAAGCCAAUAUGCGAAGUGGUCAAAGUAGGAGUCGCAGGUACUAUUUAUGAUGUUCCUGGGAUUGUAGCCAGGGAUCGUCAACAAACCUUAGCUAUUCGUUGGAUCCUUGGAGCAGCUUUCAAACGACGUAUAAGCUACAGGAUAAGCUUAGAGAAAUGUUCAUUUGCUGAGAUACUGGAUGCUUACCGAAAGAGGGGAAUUUCACGUAAGAGAAGGGAGAAUCUUCAUGGACUGGCUUCCACCAAUCGGAGUUUCGCGCAUUUCAGAUGGUGGUAAAGUGAUACCACAUAA